AUGACGCAUGCGCCGGCGCUGUUUACAAAAUUAUUAAUGAUGCCACUCACUCGCAUUCCUCCGAAGCCCGAUUCAAGCGAGGAGCGGCCUCAUUUCGACGACGACUUUUGCCCGUCCUCCGAACGCGCUGCGCGCCCCUCGCCCAUAACAUUUAGCCUCCGUUAUUUACAUUUGCUCCGACACUCUACACGUCCAUGUCGCAUGAUGUGGUUUGAGCUGAUCGGAAACGAGUCGUACCGACAGGACACGACCGAUUUGGUCGUCGACGUGGAGGCGCCCACGCCGCACGUGAUUCAUGCAUUUGGCCGCGCAACGCUGGUCGCGACCGAAUCGAUGCCUUACGUUGGACAUGCGAAAUGCGUUUCUCGGACGCCAACGAGAGAUUUCGCGUCGGCAAAAGUACACGGCGACACAGAUUUAUUUCGGCCUGCGGCGCGCUAUUUGUUUGCGUUUAUUUCUGCGGCGCGUCUCGGCGUUGGGUCCGGAUUUAGCGCGAACAUGAUCCGCGCGCGUGCAUGUCUGCGCCGGGCGGUGCAGCGCUCACAAUGCCGCCACAAUAAGGAAGAUGAAGGAACGGAGGAGCCUUCCUUCAUCUUCCUUAAGAGGAGCGGUCGUCGGGGAAGCACUGCUCUGUCUACCACGUGGCAGCGCCUGUUGGACGAUGGGCAGGCUCCGAUAAUUACCACAAAUCAUGCA